AUGGGCGCCAGACUGCCCCGACCCAAGCUGUGGAGCGCCGACCCUAGGCCCCUCACUGUGCAAAGUGCUCAAGGAACCAUCACGGAGAGUGCAAGGCCGGGACCGAUAAAUACUUCAACUAUGGCCGAAGCGGACACUUUUCUAGGAGCUACCCAGGCAAAGAGGCUGGAACGGGAGGCAGGCAGAACUAUCAACGACAGCGUCCGCAACUACAGGCACUCCAAGCCGAGCAGAAGAGAGAGAAUGCGGCACUCCCAGCACCACAGCCUCAGCGGCAGCUACGCCCGAGACUCCCCACUCAGUCAAGAGCCUUCGCACUGCGGCAGAGGCAGCCUAAGACUGAGCAGGGGAAUCAGGAGCAAGGCAAUUUUGCAGAUGUGGAGCGUCAACAUCAUAUUAGGAAUGGAUUGGUUAGCCGAGAACUACGCUACCAUCCGUUCACUACCAAGACUACCGCCAGACAGGCAACUGGAGUUCACCAUCGAUCUGGAACCAGGAUCAGCUCCAGUAUCAAAGGCAUCUUAUAGAAUGGCACCAAAGGAGUUGGAAGAACUCAAGAUACAGUUACAAGAACUGCUAGACUCGGGUUUCAUCCGACCCAGUGUAUCGCCAUGGGGCGCACCAGAGAUAUUCGUGAAGAAGAAGGAUGGCACACUGAGGAUGUGUAUAACCUAUCGAGAGUUGAACAAGUUAACUCUCAAGAACAAGUACCCUUUACCGAGGAUCAACGACCUCUUUGACCAGCUGCAAGGAGCUGGUGUGUUCUCGAAGAUGGGCUUGAGAUCGGGUUAUCAUCAGCUGAGAGUUCAACAGGAGAUACACCUAAGACUGGAUUUCACACCAGAUAUGGCCAUUACGAAUUUACUGUAA